UGCCAUUAUUCUGGACCGACGUCUGGGAGCCUUAAGUAAGAGUUGCUUCCCGCCAAUUGCUGAGCGUUUAAUGUUUGCAACGAAAAAUAUGUUUGAAGUGUCUCAUGAAAGUAUGCAUGAGCUUCCAUGGUGGAAACAUUUUUCCUACAAAAUCUUAUAGAAAACUAGCAAAAUGUGAGCACAUCAUGUACGAGUAAAGCCAAAAAUAUCCAAUUAUAUAGAUUUUGCCACGUCAUGAUUUUAUUUUUAACAGCGUAUUUUCAGAUUUGAUUAAUGAAGACCUUAUCAGUGGCGAGGCUACUGAGACGCAAUCGUUGGUUUUCAAUCAAAUUUUGACUCCUGAAGGCGUUGACACCCGUGAUAAUCGUCUCGCUUAUCGAUCUUGUUGCAGCUGGUAUUGAAACGACGGGCAAUGCCACCGUGUUCCUUUUACACGAUACCUUGAACAAUCCAGAGGUAAAGGUUCGCAUUUACGAAGAGCUGGACCGAGUUCUUCUUUCUCCGGAAGACGCAGAAAUUUCUCCGCUUCUUUUGAAGUUCAAAUACCUUAAAGUGUGAAUCACUGAAAGUUUUAGGAUGACACCUGUGGCUCCUAAUGUGGUGCGCAUAUUAGAAAACCGUUUAUCUUUCAAGGUUAUUACGUUGCUGUUGGAGUUAGCUUGGAAGUUACUUUAAAUUCUUCCGACCUCCCAUUUCGCAAUUGGACUGCAAGGAUACUUAUUUAUUAUCCGGUACAUGCAGGAUUACUGGCAUGAAUCGCCGGAAAUGCGGCCUGAUUUCAAAUCUAUCUGUGGACGGCUAAAGGAAAUGAAAGCUGGAUUAAAACCCAACAUCUUUGUCAACAUCAUGAUUAUGAUGGAGAAGUACACCUACAAUCUGGAAGGUCGUCCAAGAGAGAACAGAUCAGCUUGUGGAGUAAAAGAAGAAAACGGAAGCCCUUCUGCAUCGAGUUUUGCCAAAGUCGGUAGUAGAAUCGCUAAAACGAGGCGAGCCUGUGAAAGCGGAGAGUUUCGACUCUGUCACGAUUUAUUUCAGCGACAUUGUCGGUUUUCAGCCGUUAGCACUCCGUUGCAGGUGGUCGGUCUACUCAACGAGCUUUGCAAUUUGUUCGAUUCCAUCCUGGAAAAUUAUGAUGCAUACAAAGUGGAAACAAUCGGUGACGCUUACAUGGUGACUAGCGGUUUGCCCAUUCGUAACGAUGACCAUCACGCCGCUGAAAGCGCUUCUCUGGCGCUUCACCUCUCGGAGAUUAGAAACUUCCACAUUCGACAUCAACCUGGAAAAACGCUGAAACUACGCAUUGGCAUCCAUUCUGAUUCAGGUCCUUGCGUUGCUGGAGUGGUUUGAUUGAAAAUGCCUCGAUAUUGCCUCUUUGGUGACACGGUUAACAUAGCAUCUCGGAUGGAAUCAUUCAGACAAGCUCUUCGUAUUCAUAUUUCUGCAGCUACCAAAGAGCUUUUGAAUAGGUUAGGUGGCUAUAUCAUUGAAGAACGCGGAAUGACAUCCAUCCGAGGCAAAGGCGAAAUGAUGAUUUCUUGGCUUGUUGGCGAAGAAUCAUGGCGUACUAGAGGGGUCACCUGGGUGCGAUUGAAGGAGAAAUAUCCCAUUUCUUCCAGAACCAGCGAUUGUCGAUCCACCGGUAUCACAUGAAAUUCCGCUCAUGUUAAAAGAUGUCCAACCUCCAACAGAGUUAGAUCCUAUCGACACGUCCCCGAGUACGUGGCUAUUGGGCGAUUGUCCACUGGUUCCCAAUGAAGAUUACGAAUAAAAGAUGUGACAACUCAAUAGCAAUGUCAACAUUAGUUUCGAUGACAGGAAACGUUAUAAAACCGGAAAGUAAACUUAUAAAACUUAUGCAUACAAAA